CUGAUCGGACGAUAACGAGGCGGCCUGCCAGCCGUCUGUCUGCCUAGGAUGGUUUUGUGUUGUUACCAAAACUAAGAUAUACAACGAGAGAGCUGUUGAAUGGGUGAAACGAAUCGUCAUAGUUGUACUGGGAAUCACGAGACCUCUCGCAUGAAGGAAGCUUCUAUCUGGCACUGCAGCUGCUACCAGAGCGGUGGUUUGCUUUCCGGACUGGCGAAUUUCGACGUCAUUCAUGGCUAACAACGAAACGAGGAUGAAACGAACAUGAUUAGCACCGAUGGCCUCUCUAAAUGUGAGGCGACCGGGUGCAAGACGGGGAAAAGGCCGCUGGCGGAGAUGCUGCACCUUCUGUCUGCAGUCAUUAUAUGGCUUGUGACGGGAACGACCAUUUCCAGUGUUAACAAAUGGAUUUUUGCCGUGUACAACUUCAGGUACCCCUUGCUGCUUUCGGCCCUGCACAUGUUCACUGCGAUAGUGGUGGACUAUGGGAUAAUUAAACUGCGAAUGUUCAAGCACAAAGAUGGGGUUGACAGGCAGAAGGACCUUACCACCGGUGCCAAAUGCAAGGUGUUUCUAUUGAGCUUGACAUUUUGUGCCAGCAUCGCCUUUGGCAACGUGGGUCUGAACUAUGUACAGCUGUCAUUUGCCCAAAUGAUCUACACCACCACGCCAAUCUUCACCCUGGCGAUAUCAACCCUGAUACUGGGCAAGCAACACCACAUCCUCAAAUACACCGCCAUGAUGCCGAUUUGUCUGGGAGCCUCGUUUAGCAUUAUGGGCGAGGUUCAGUACGACCAGACCGGCUGCUUCUUCGUAUUUGCCGCAACAAUGUUGAGAGGUGUCAAAACCAUCCAGCAAAGUAUCUUGCUCCAGGAAGAGAAGAUCAACUCAGUAUUCCUGCUCUACCUGAUGUCCAUCCCCAGUUUCUGCAUCCUGGCUGUAGCCGCCCUGGUCCUGGAGAACUGGGCUGGGCUCGAGUCCCCGAUGCACUACGACCCCAACCUGUGGCUCUUCAUCCUGCUCAGCUGUCUGGGUUCUGUUCUGUAUAACCUGGCCAGCAGCUGCGUCAUCACCCUGACCUCCGCCGUCACCCUGCACAUUCUGGGCAACCUGAGCGUGGUGGGCAACCUGCUGCUCUCCCAGCUGCUGUUCGGAAAUGAAAUGUCAGCGCUCAGCUAUGCCGGCGUGGCUCUCACACUCUCCGGCAUGCUGAUCUACCAGAACUGUGAGUUCAUUUCCGACUACCUGGGCACCCGGCGAGCGAAAGCGAGGGAGCUCAGCCGAACGAAGGUGGUAGACCCUGCCGGCCCGUCACGAGCGCCCCCCCGAGACAUUCAGGAGAGGGCAGGCACGCACGACAAGCGAGAGGACAAGAUAGACUGAGAAUGAACAAGGAGGGCAAGAGUAGUAGUUGGACUGCUUACAGUAGCCCUUUCCUCUGCGUUUAAACCGGGUGUUUCUGAGGUUUGGGAGAUCUCAAGGUCAUAGUUGACGACGACAUGAAUGAUAGAGCAUGUUUGGUUGGGUCAUUUUUACCUCAUCACUGUGCCAAUGUAUUUAUUUUGCCUCAUGGAACACAAGUCGGUCGAGGUCAGCUGAUGAGAAAAAAAAGAAUGAAAAAGUUGCCUUUAUGAAUCUGACAGUUGAGUUUGUACUGUUCUAACACCUAUACAUGCGCAAAUACUGGUAUAUGCAUGCAUUAGCUCAUUAACCGAUCUCAUGUGGCAUGGCGCACUGUCACACACUUACUCCACUGUGAACCUUUUUACCGCUCAACUCAAUGGGAUGGUUGGGCAGGAAGGACUAGGUACCGUCCUCCUGUGGAUGGGCACAUGUACAUUUAAACCAACAUGCUACUUUACCUAACCUCCCCCUGGUCUUGUAUCAGUGGGAAACAAUUUUUCUGGCAGCUUUAUGUGUGGGGAGUCUUAAACUGAGGGUGCUACGUUUGUAAUAGUGCUGUACUUUUUGUCUAUAUGACGUUUACAAUGGGAAGGGAUUUCAAGCUGAAAGGGUCUGCAUAUCAUUUCUGGUGUUUAGGAAUGGCGCAUAGACAACCCAACUGUUCAUCUACUGCAGAGUUCCCCUUCCCAGUUCCUGGAGACCUACUGUCUUGUAGGUCUUCUCUUCUACCCCAUUUGUGACUAACAUGAUUUUAGCUGUUUAUCCAGCUGAUUAUUAGAAUGAUGUGCUAAAUUACAGUUGGAGAGAGAACCUACAGGAACUGGGUUUGACAGCCAUGGUCUAUUGCAUUUUAAAGCACAGAUGUGAGGGAUGGCACUUUGUCCUGCUCCAUGCCUCUUUGAGUUUCCCUUCAGUUGCCAUGUAAUAAAAAUAACCUAUUAUAAUCAGUUUAAUAUCCUUCGGCCUGUUGUCACAGCGGCAAACCUCUAUUAUUAGGCCCAUCCGCUCUCUAAGGAGUCCCACACAUCUUUAGUACGCUCUCCUAAUGAGGGAGGUCAUAAAAAGGAUCUUGUUCCCUUCAUGGCUCCCUUACCGCCACUCCAGGCCUGAACAGAAAUGUCUUCCCUGCCAGGUCUCAUGUUUCCACUGGAGGGGUGGCUCUGCUUUGAACCUUCACAUUUAGUCUCUUUUUAAAACUGACCUCUGGCCGGAUGCUGUUUUUGUACCUCAUUUCAUUGCGUGAAAUAUUUAUGAUGCUGUUUUUUUUUUAUAUCCCCUUUUAAAUUGGAUAAGCAAAACCUCUGUAUCCUAGAAUGGGCUAAGAGGAGGUUUUUAUUGUUUGUAGCAUCUACUGCUAAACAGACAUCAGCUUGUACCGGAAUAAACCGUAAUCAGAGUCUGAAAUGCAAUUAAAAUUUGCAUGUGCUGUGUUCAAACGUGGCACUGAAAUGCUGUAUGACCAAGGUCACUUGGUAACAGGAAGUUGGGUCAGCAAAUAAUGUUGGUUCUGUAAUGCAAAGUCUUGUAGAAGUCUAAAACCCAGGCCAGCACUAAGAGUGUAGAAAGAGCAUGUUUCUAAAAUUCCUUCCCAGUCAAUGAACCUUCAGGUUUGGCAGAAAGUUUUGAACUGUUCUCAUUUCACACCUACACCCUAUUACAUGGAACAGGAUAAAUAUAAGCUUCUCAUUUUUGACUUUAUGGUUUCACUUCUGUAAAGACUCUGGAACAUGUUGCCAUAUUUACAGCAAUAGACAGAACGAUUUGUUGCCAGUCUUGAGUAAAUGAGUCAUUUAAAUAAAGACAAAAUGAAUGCUGGCCGUUUUUAUUUUACAGUUCUAUUGAGAGGACCUUGUUAUUGAUGUUAGUUAAAUACCUCGAAAUAAAACAUGGCUUCAGUACAUUUGCAGAUUGUGAUCAAGCAGCUAGCUGUCUACCUAAAGCCAGGGGUUUGCAACUGGUAUCUGUAAAUAGCCUAUUGAUCUAAAGGCAAGUUUGGUUUAGUAACUUCUGACUAAUAAGGGACUUUUCAAUGGGUGGGUUGAUAGCUGGGUUGAAUUUUUUAAACUGACAAAUCUGGGCUUGGCUAGGCUGGCUGCUUGUUCACACAGGUGUUGUCUGUGACAGAAUAUAAGGGCAAAACGCAUAUUGCACUGAUGAGAAGAGAUUCUGCCUUUAUGGGGGUAUGACUCUGUGUAUAUACUGUUUUUAAUGUCAGCAAAAGUUAAAUGUAAAUAAUUAUUUUAUUAUAUUUAUGUAUUUUACAAUCAUGGAAGGCUGGCUCAAAUAUAC